GUACGGGUGGGUCAGUCGAUCGGUCGAUUAGCUGGCGAACGGUUCGGACCAUUCCACGCUUCGUGUCACGAGUGAAGUCUUUCGGGGUUUCGUUCAACACAGUUUCAACAACCAAAAAGGUGUUGCUGCGCACAAGCGAACGUUCUAGGAAACCCAACCAGCUACGAACGAAGAUAGCAAAGCUCGCCGUCAGCACACACGAUGGACAUCGAUAUGAAUGGUGGACGCGACCGUAUCGCGCCAAUGUUCAAAGAUCGCCACGUGCUGAUCACGGGUGGAACCGGAUUCCUUGGGAAGGCGCUGAUUGAAAAAUUACUCCGAUGCUGUCCGGAGAUUGGCCAGAUCUAUCUUCUAGUCAGAUCAAAGAAGGGCAAGUUACCGCGUCAACGCCUGGAGGACAUCUUUGCCAAUCCGCUGUUCGAAACCGUCAAGGGACUGCGCGGUCUGGAUACGUUGAUAAGCCAAUGUACCGUGAUCAGUGGCGACGUUACGGAACCGGAACUCGCCAUCUCACCCGAGGACCGUCAGCUGAUUACGGAGAAGGUUUCGAUUAUCUACCACUGUGCGGCCACGAUUCGCUUCGAUGAGACGCUCAAGAAGGCGGUCAUGCUAAACACCCGCGGCACCAAGUACAUGAUCGACCUGGCGAAACAGUGCAAAAAGCUUGACAUGUUUGGCUACGUUUCCACCUCGUACUGUCAUCUGAACGAGAAGCUGCUGCUCGAAAAGCCGUACCCACCGCCGGCCGAUCCACACAAAGUCAUCAAGGCGGUCGAAUGGCUCGAGGAAGGUGUGGUGGACGGUAUGACCAAAAAAAUUUUGGGCGAUUGUCCCAACACAUACGCCUAUACCAAAGCACUGGCGGAGGCACUGGUGGUGGAGUCGAUGGACGAGAUCCCGGCCGUUAUCUUCCGUCCCUCGAUCGUGAUCCCGACCUGGCGCGAACCCAUUCCCGGCUGGACGGACAACAUCAACGGUCCGGUUGGAUUGCUGAUCGGCGCUGGCAAGGGUGUGAUCCGCUCGAUGUACUGCGACUCGGACGGGUACGGUGACUAUCUGCCGGUGGAUUUCGCUGUCAGUGCAAUGUGCGUCUGCACCUGGAAUUACGUCGGCAACCAGGAUCACAAGCGCAACAUCUAUCACCUGGUGAGCUCGGCCGAGAUCAAAGUCUCCUGGGAGGGUAUCAUCGAGCGGGGCAAAUGGAUCGUCGCGAACAAGAUCCCGCUGAACGGUGUGCUGUGGUACCCGGGCGGUACGAUGAAACGUACCCGCUGGGAGCACAACCUGGCAGCGUUCUUCUUCCACUGGAUACCGGCAUUCCUGAUCGACUGUCUGCUGUACUGCUUCGGAUAUAAGCCAAUACUAUGGAGGAUACAUCAGCGUAUCGCCAAGGGUUUUGAAGUGUUCGAGUACUACGCCAACAACCAGUGGGACUUUGAUAAUGCCACGAUUCUGUACCUGCGAACGAUUAUUAACGACGAGGAAAAGGUUAAAUUCAAAAUAGACGCCGGAGGUGUGGAGAUCCAGGAGUACUUCGAAAACUGUAUACGGGCCGCCCGGUGGUACAUUCUAAAGGAAACGGACGAUACUAUCCCCGCUGCCAAGCGUCACAUGCGUGUCAUGUGGUGGGUCGACAAGAUAUGUAAGACAUUAAUCUACGGUGGACUCAUUUACUACAUCGGCAAGGCGCUCUACUCGCUACUGUUUGCGUCCGUGUUCUAGGGAGCACACUACUUCAAUUAUCACCACCACCACCACUACCACCACCAGAAGCAGUAGUAACUGCCACGUUACCUUUAGUGCGUUAGUUUCAGUGUGAUUAAGUGCAAUUAAUCUAUCGAUUCCAUCACACACACACACCUUUUGCGACCACAAAAUGUACAGGAGGGCUCAUUUUGUUAGGUUAAGCUGUCCCUGUUUUCUCCCCUCUCUCUCUUUUGACCACUUUUGGUUGACGUUCUGUGGGCAUGGCGUCUGAAUUUUUCUCCAUCUCACCCCGAACCCCGAGAAUGGGAGGUGAGCUCUGGGGUGUGUUGUUUUAGUUUUCCAUUUUCCCCUCCCUUCGUGUUAGUUGUUUAAGUGAAGCAAAGUACCAUAACCACACACAAUUUUAGACGGUUUUGUAGUAGUGAUAGGGGGUAGAGAUGAUUUAUGUAUGAUUCGUUUUUUUUUGUUUUUUGUUUCAUUUCGUAACAUUUUUUUCGUUUUUCCUUUGAGAUAGGAACUCGAGAUACCCUUUUCUGAUAGAAUGAAUAAUCAAUAAAGUGUAGAAGAGUUUGAUUUUUAUCACCCAAAAUGGCGUAA